AUGCAUGACUGUGCGUUGCCGAUGCCAAUGUAUUUUGAAAUGAUUGUUUUUAAGAAGUUACUUUUUAAAGAAGCACAAACGGUACAAACAGAGCCGUUGGAUUUAUCAGUGCGGAAAGUGAGUGAGGAACGAAUACAAUCACAGAAUUUAUCAAUUAAUGAAACGAACAAAGGACAGACGGAAAGUUUCCCUCAUUCAUCGCAUUUAGAUGCUCAUAAUAAGACACAUACUGGUGAAAAGCAGUACAGUUGUGCGAUAUAACUCAUGCCGGUGAAAAGCCGUAAAAUUGUGCGAUAUGCGGCAAAAUUUACUCUCAUUUGGGUGCUUAUAAAAGGAUGCAUACCGGAUAAUGCAACAUUGAUGUACGAUAUGCUGGAAACCUUUCUACCAAGCAAUAAUUUGAAAGGCACAUACAAACUCUUAGCAAUAAAAUACUCGUUUUCAAUUGAAUUGCGUGCAACCAAUGAAGCACAAACGGUACAAACAGAGCCGUUGGAUUUAUCAGUGCGGAAAGUGAGUGAGGAACGAAUACAAUUAGGGAAUUUAUCAAUUAAUGAGACGAACAAAGGACAGACAAAUGGUUUCCCUCAAUCGUCGCAUUUGAAUGCUCAUGAAAGGACGCAUACCGGCAAAAAGCCACACAGUUGCACGACAUGUGGAAAAAGCUUCAACAAAUUAUGGGAUUUAAGCAGACACAACAGAGUUCACAGCGGUGAAAAGCCGUACAGUUGUAUGAUGUGCAAUCAAAGUUUCUCUCAAUCGUCGGAUUUGGACAGACAUAAUAAAACUCAUACUGGUGAAAAGCCACACAGUUGUACAAUAUGUGGGAAAAUUUUCGCUAGAUCAUCGGAUUUGAGCAUACAUAAUAGAACCCAUACCGGUGAAAAGCCAUACAGUUGCACGAUAUGCAAUCAUAGCUUCUCUCAAGCAUCGAAUUUGAAUGUCCAUAGGCGGAGGCAUACAGGUGAAAAGUCGUACAGUUGCACGAUAUGCAAUCAAAGUUUCUCUCAAUUAUCGUCUUUGAAUGUACAUAAGAGGAUGCAUACCGGCAUAAAGCUACACCGUUGUACGAUAUGCGGGAAAACUUUCAAUAAAUUAUGGGAUUUGAGCAGACACAACAGAACUCACAGCGGUAAAAAGCCGUACAGGUGUACGAUGUGCAAUCAAAGUUUCUCUCAAUUAUCGGAUUUGGGCAGACAUAACAAAACUCAUACCGGUGAAAAGCCGUACAGUUGUACGGUAUGCAGUAGAAGUUUCUCUCAACCAUCGAAUUUGAAUGUACAUUGGCGGACGCAUACCGGUGAAAAGCCACACAGUUGUACAAUAUGUGGGAAAAGUUUCGCUAGAUCAUCGGAUUUGAGGAUACAUAAUAGAACCCAUACCGGUGAAAAGCCAUAUAGUUGCACGAUAUGCAAUCAAAGCUUUUCUCAAUCAUCGUCUUUGAAUGUACACAGGAAGACGCAUACCGCUGAAAAACCUUACAGCUGUACGAUAUGCAAUCGAAGCUUCUCUCAAUCAUCGAAUUUGAAUGUACAUUGGCGGACGCAUACCGGUGAAAAGCCACACAGUUGUACAAUAUGUGGGAAAAGUUUCACUAGAUCAUCGGAUUUGAGCAUACAUAAUAGAACCCAUACCGGUGAAAAACCAUAUAGUUGCACGAUAUGCAAUCAUAGCUUCUCUCAAGCAUCGAAUUUGAAUAUACACAGGAGGAUUCAUACCGGUGUUGUGCGAUAUGCGGGAAACCUUUCGAUCGAAGCGAUAAUUUGA